GGGAAAUCGGGGAAAUCUGGGAUAUCUGGGAAAGGGGAGUCGGUGAAAACGGGGACUAAACCGGCAGAAAUCCCGACGAGGCCUCGACCUUCACAUCGCGGGUGUUUCCACCGGACAGCCCUCCUCUGUCUCCUUGCUGGUGUCUGCGUUUUUUCUCCCAGAAACCUCCCUGGAUCCUCACUGCUGAUUAAUUUCAUCCACUCUGUGCUGUGUUGGAGCUGGACUGAGCAGUGUUAGCAGAGCAAAGAUGGAUCAGUUGUCAGAUGAGGAGGUGGAAGUCAGGGAGGAAGAGGAGGAGGAGGAAGAGGACAGCGAUAAGGAGGACCAGGACCUGGAUAAGAUGUUUGGAGCCUGGCUGGGAGAGCUGGACAAACUCACACAGAGUCUGGAUGAUGGACGCCCAGAGCAACCCCCUCAGCAGAAAGCUCCCCUCAGACAAGAGACUAACAUGGCCAACUUCUCCUACAGAUUCUCCAUCUACAACAUCAACGAGGCAUUGAAUCAGGGGGAGAACGUGGACCUUGACGCUCUCAUGGCUGACCUCUGCUCGAUCGAACAGGAACUCAGCACCAUCAACACCAAACCGAACAGCGCUGGCAGCAUGGCUCGCCUAGGGUUGACCGACACUAAGGUCCGUCAGAAGCCUCCUGCAGGCCGCAGUAGCAGACAGCAGCCAGCAGGGAGCAGCAGUGGUGGUGGUGGUGGUGGUGGAAGCAACAGUAAUAGUGUUUGUGGGGGCGGAGGCAGCAGUGGAGCAAGCAGCAGCAGCAGCAGCACAAGAGCAUCACCAGCUGGCACUAUCAGAGCUCCCGCCGGGCAACAUGGGAGACCGGCGCUGGCCUCUAACUUCAGUCUUGAUGACAUCACUGCCCAGCUGGAGAAGGCCUCUCUCAGUAUGGAUGAAGCAGCUCGUCAGACUUCCUCCCACUCCCUUAGCUCCGCCUCCUCCUAUACAUCAGCCACAAUGCGACGGCCUGGAUCCUCUCAGCGCCAGCAUCGGCGCACAGGAUCAGUUGGCACAGUCACUGAACACGAGGUGCGUUCGAUUGUUCACUCCUCACGCUCCUCUGUCACCUCAGCAUCCGGGGUUUCGGUUAAUUCUGCUUCUUCCAUGGAUUCAUUGGACAGUGUUCUUCGCUCCAAUGAAUCAGACGGUCAGCAGUCUUCAGCUACUGCCACAGCUGGAGCUAGUCAAGGUCAUCACAACACAGAGCACUCCUAUCUGGACAGGGAAACCUCUCUGAUUCUGAGAAACAUAGCAGGAAAACCUUCCCACCUGCUGACCAAGGAGGAGCAGGCUGCCAAGCUAAAGGCGGACAAUAUCCGAGUCGCCCUGGAGAAGAUCAAAGAGGCCCAGGUUAAAAAGUUGGUAAUUCGUGUCCAUUUGUCAGACGAGAGCUCAAAAACCAUGAUGGUGGAUGAGAGACAGACAGUCAGACAGGUUUUGGACAGUUUGCUCGAGAAAUCUCACUGUGGUUACAGUCCAGACUGGUCAUUGGUGGAAACCAUCAGUGAGCUGCAGAUGGAGCGGAUUUUUGAGGAUCACGAGAACCUGGUGGAGAACCUGCUGAACUGGACCAGAGACAGCCAGAACCGCCUGAUGUUUACAGAACGCAUCGAGAAGUAUGCUCUGUUCAAAAACCCACAGAACUAUUUGUUGGGGCGGAAGGAAACAUGUGAGAUGGCCGAAAGAAACAAAGAGGCUCUGUUGGAGGAGUGUUUUGGUGGCAGCUCUGUGUCUGUCCCUGAGAUGGAGGGAGUGUUGUGGCUGAAAGAGGAUGGGAAGAAGUCAUGGAAGAAACGCUACUUUCUGCUGAGGGCUUCUGGCAUCUACUAUGUUCCCAAGGGAAAGGCCAAGGCAUCCAGAGACCUGGUGUGUUUUCUCCAAUUGGAUCAUGUUAAUGUAUACAAUGGUCAGGACUACAAGAGCAAAUACAAGGCUCCUACAGACUACUGCAUGGUGCUUAAGCACCCUCAGAUCCAGAAGAAGUCUCAGUACAUCAAGUACCUAUGCUGUGAUGAUGUCAGAACCCUCCAACAAUGGAUCAACAGCAUUCGCAUUGCCAAGUAUGGGAAGCAGCUGUACAUCAAUUUCCAGGAGGCAAUGAGAAGGACAGAGGCAGCCUAUGAUUGGUCCUCCCUCUCAUCUUCCUCAAUCAAGUCAGGAUCAAGCUCCUCCAGCCUUCCAGAGUCCCAGUCCAACCACUCCAGCCAGUCAGACAGUGGUGUAUCAGAGAUGACAUCAUCAGGCCACACCCGCUCCCAGAGUGUUGUGAGCUCCAUCUUCUCUGAUGCCUGGAGGAGAGGAACGCAAGGAGAGAUGAUGAAGAUCGACCCUAUCAGUAGGCCUAUCCCUCUCCAGAUACCUUCCCUCUCCCCACAGCCCCACCCUGUCUCUCAGCCUCAGACCCCACCCUCCCGGACCAGCUACACUGACGGCCUCAUCCCAUCUGAUGAUUCCUCCCCAUCACCGCCCUCGCCUCCUCCACCUCCGCCUGCUCACCCUGUCUCAAGUGUGGCCCAUCAGACAGCACCUACCUCCUCAUACAUUAAGUACAGCACACUGGCGCGCCUGCAGAGCCAGAACCAGUCAAGGACACAACCAGCUGGAGCUGCCCCACCUGCCCUUCCUACCCAGUUUACCAAACCCAACUACAAUACCCUUCCAGCUGCUUACAGCACCUCCCCUCAUCUGCCACCGUCUCCUCCCCCUCCUCCUCCACCCACAGUGCCAGCUCCUGGCUCAGCUAUGGCUGCACUGAAAUUUGGUCCAUCAAGCCCCUGUGCUCUCCCACCCCCACCCCCACUGGAGGAGGAAGUGCAGGAGGCCUACUACCUCCCACCUCCUCCACCUGAGAGCCAGGAGACCAAUGGGUUGCCUCUGCCCCCACCUCCAGAACCCAUCCUCAGCUCCUGCCCUCAACUCUCCAACAAGGGGCUCCAGCAGUUCUUGGCACAGAAGUUUCCCAACAUGGUGUACGACUUUAGCCCACCAGUGGCUGAAGAUCAUUCUCCUCCCCCACCUCCAGCUGGGCUUUCUCCUCCUACCUCCUUGCAAGUCCUCCAGCCUCUGUCCCCCAAUGCACCCCCUCCUGCACCUCCCAAAACCUUCACUGGUGGUUUUCCCCCUCAAACUGCCCCCAAACCCUCGGGUCCCUCUUCCCUUCCAAUUGCCCUCUCACCUGUGUCACCACCACAGCCAUAUAGCAGCCAUGGGUCAGUUAAAAAGCAGCAGAGUUUCUCAACAGGACAUUCCCCAAAUCAGCCACCUCCCACUCUGCCAAAGCAACACAGCCUCUCCUCAAAAAACCUUGCCCUCUCUCCCUCUUCCUCCUCUUCUUCGGUCUCCAUUGCGGUGGCUACCUCCUCUCUGGUCAAACAGAUUGUUAAUCAGUUCCCUGGAAACUCUGUCUCUUCCUCUCUGCCUGCCUCCAACUCCAUAGAAGGAUCUAAGUUCAGUGCUCCUCAGUCUCCUCCAGCAGUCAAGGCCAAACCAAAAUGGCAGCCAGGAGCCAUUGUGGCUCCACAGUCCCCAGAGUUCCCUCCACCUCCCCCUGACAGCUCCUUAGGAGAUUUCCCUCCUCCUCCCUCUUCAUCCUCCUCCAAGACAGGCUCCCCAAUAAAGAAGUCGCCUUCCACCUCGUCCACAGGUUCCACCAAGCGAGGGCCGCCGCCAACCCCACAGAGAGCUUCCUCCAUCCGGUCGUCAGGUGAGACCCAGGAUGAGAGGCCAAAGAAGGUGGAGAGCCUGGUUAACAAAUUUGGCCAAGCUCCUCAAACAGGUACCUCAUCCAGCUCCUCGUCAGUGACUGGAUCUCCAUCAAAAGAUUCCUCCGCGCUUCCUGCUCCGCUCCCUAAGCCGGGGAAAUUGAACUUGGCAAACCUUCCAUUGGCGCUGCAGGGGCUGCAAACAGGCCAGCACCAUCAACCAUCGGAGUUCCCAUCCCCUCCCCCCCCCCCUCCUCCCUCCCAGCCUCCUCACGUUGACUCAUCACCUGACUACUUCCCGCCUCCCCCCAGUGACUCUGAGCUGUUCCCUCCUCCUCCCCAACCAUCAGAGUUCCAUCACCCCCCAAAGGUUGCCGUGGUGAAUCCUCAGCCUCAGAUGCAGCCACCUCAACAAUCGGCAACCUCCUCCUUGUCAUCGUCGUCAUGGAAACAAGGCUCACUGAAAAAGGGGGUAGUCCCUCCUCCAAUGUUGAAUCGGCGGACCAGCAACACAAACCAGUAUGACAUUACAACUUCAAUGCCCCUCUCGCCACCUCCCAUGUCUCAGACCCCCCCUCCCUCCCUGUCCUCUUAUUCAUCCUCCUCCUCUCCUGCCCCCCCCACCUCCCCGAAAUCAGUGGGGCCAGGCUCCCUGGCACUAAAGCCUCUCUUCCUGGAAGACCUCAAUCGCACCCUUAAGAGGAAGUCAGUGUCCCGCCAUGGCUCGCUCACCUCCUCCCACCUCAUCUCCUCCUCUAAGAUGGAGCCUAUGGGCACCAUGGACGACAUGGCACUCCUCCCACCUCCUCCCCCUGAGCUCCUGCAGCAGCAGCAGCAGGGUGUCCGAGGACACUCCCACACUUUGUCUCGCCACCACACACACUCCCACUCCACCAAACAUGCUAACAUCUCAGGCUAUGCAACGCUGCGGCGAGGCCCACCUCCCGCACCUCCAAAACGGGACCAAAGCACCAAACUGACCAGUGAAUGGUAGGGAGUAAGGACACUGGGUGGAGCCUAAAGAACUGAACGCAUUAUUUAGGUCUCAUCAUUCCUGCAGAGAUGUAAUCAAUGUCUGUCUUGGCUUGUCCAUCUCUCCUCAUCCUAAACCAUCCACCCUUGGAUUCUGAGUAGUAGCAAGCUGUCUUUCCGACUCUUAAUAUCAGAAUAUGAUUGUUCCUACUAUCCUCAUUAUUAUUAUCACCCUCGUCUUUGCUAUCAUACAAGUACAUGUUUAAUCCAAUGACAUGAUAAAAAUAUAUAUAUGUAUAUAUAUCUGUAUACAAGCAAGCCAGAAAAAUUCACCUAUCAAGCUUUUUUCACAAUGUCUGUGCAGCUUUGCAUUGAAAUAUACAGAGGACGAGACUUGAACGACAACAGCAACAGAGACAAUUUGCUGCAAAAUAACUGGUACUGCAUGGAGCUGCGGCAAUGGAAGUAGAGUUACUGAUGAAGUGAAGGAGAUAUCAAUGGAAGAACAAGUGAUGCAAAAAUGGAAUGAUGUGUAAAGAAAUGUAUGUUGUGAAAUAGGGGGUUGGAGCAAUGCCAUUUAUGUCAAACUUUUUUGUGUGUGUUUUAUAUUAAGAUUAUUUAAUACUGGAAAGAUAUGUUGUUAUUAUUAUAAUUAUUUUAAGUUUUAAAGAAGUGUCAAAAGAGAAGGAGUUUGACUGGACAUGGGUCUGUAUUGUCUAAGUGUUGAUCUGGGUAACCAAACUGGUAUACAGCUUGUUUUACUGAGAUUGUAUUUGGAUCAUUUUAUCAAAUCAUAUUUCUUUAAACUUAAGAGCUUCAUGGCUGAUUGGUUGGUGACUCCAAGGGAUAAAAAAGAAUACUUAAAUACAUAACAAAUAGCUCUCAUUACUCAUUUUGGAAAUCAGACAGUAAUCUGUUUUCAGAUUACAGACAUUUUGAAAUGCUAAGCAGUUUGAAAUCAGAUUGCAUCACAAAUUAUUAUGACAAUGAUCUCAUAAGAGGGACCUAUACACUUGGUGGUCCAGACAUCUUCUGUUACUUCUGUAAAGUUAGAUGUCUCAAAGAACAUGAGGUUUGCACAUUUAAACCCAUGUGUCCUUCAUUCCAUCUUUCCAAAUAAAACAUCCAAAAUUCAAAUUGUUAAUAUAGAUCGGUUUUGCAUUUUCAGGCCUGACCCACAGAGACUCAACCAGAACCUCCUUUAAUCUGAGCUCAUUUUCAGAAUGAGUCAGUCAGCAACAAUAAACCAAGUUGGACACAUUUUGGUAGCAGACUUGAUUACCACCCUUUUUCAACAAACUCUAAAAACUAUUCUGCUAAUCCAUCAGUCAGUCAUUUUUGCAGCCAGUCAUUGUUUGCAAGUAAACCAAGCAGCUAGUCAGCUACAAUGAACUCUGUCUAAAAGAAGGGGAUCAUCAAUCAGUCACUUGUUUGUCAUCUUAGUAACUAGUCGGUCACUUUCCUAGUUAGUUAUGACAGGUGUGUGUCCACAUAUGGUAGCAUCUUAUAUGAUCAGAAAAGCCCAAGGUAUCCUGGGAACAAGUGCCUGAAAAACUGAACUCUCAAACUGCUCACAGGUGUGUGGUAGCAUCAUACCCUGCAGAAAGCAGGUAAUUUCUAUGAUGUCGGCAAUUAAACUUCUGCCAUUUUGAAACCAGGAGUUGGUGUUUACCAUUCACAUACUGCCAUCUUUGUCAGAUACUGCAGCCAGAAAAUCCAAGUUUGAUCAAAAAGGAAGCCUGGGAGGAGCUGAUGUUGGAAAACAAGCAUCAGCUGACAUGGCUGAGAGUACUAGGCUUAAGUAGCAGUCAGGCUUGAGAACAUACCUCUUGUUAGGCCUUCAUUUCUCAUUAAUGGAACAGUGAUUCUGAAAAUAGUCAUGACAGCUCAUGUUAGAACAGGUAGUUACACGAUUCUCCUGUCAGGAGUCAGUUGCAACCCCAUAUCCAGUUAUAAUUUUUUGUUUCUUACAAGUGGUAAUUUUCAGUGUUUCACUUCGGUUUCUGCCAUGUGAACAAUUGUUUGUUGUUUAAACUGUAAUCUCCAGCCUCCUCUGCUGUGAUAUGUAGGUAUUGUAAGGAAUGAAUGAGUUUUUUUCCAAAUUUUUUUUUCCAAGUAAUGUUAAACCGAUAUUUGGAGUUGAAGUCAUUAGUUGAUUGACUAAUUAGUCAAUUGACAGGAAUGAAUCUGCAGUUUAGUUUAAGAAUUAUUUAAGUAAUGUUUUUAAGCAAAAUGUCAUUUAGUCUCAAAUCUUAACAUUUACUGGUUUCAUUUGUCAUCUAUGAUGGUGAACUGAAGACCUUUGGGCUUUGGAUUCAUGUUUGGACAAAAUUAUUUUUUUAAACAUGUCAACCUAGGCUCUGGGAAAUUGUGAUGCACAUUUUUCACGACUUUCUUCCUGAGUGUACUGACAUCCACCUAAAGUGCUUGGAGAUUUCCCACACAAAGAAGGAAGAGCACUCUUAAAGAAAAAAAAAAAAACAGACCCUGGUU